GGGGGAACGGAGCGGCACCGGCGGCGGAGCGGCACCGGGGGGGCAGCAGCCGGGGGAAUCCCGCAGCCGCGCCUACGGGGGAUCCCGGCCCCUUUGCGGGGGGGGAGGGGUCCCGGUGCCCCAUCGGAGUUAUUUGGGGGGGGGGGGUCCCUCCGCCCCCCCCCAUGGAUCCGUCGCCGCUGCUGGCGCUGCUGCUGCUGCUGCUGGGGGCCGCCCGCGCGCUCUCCACGUGCCAACGGCUGGACCUGGAGGCGGCCAAAAAGAAACGCAUCGAGGCGGUGCGGGGUCAAAUCCUCAGCAAACUGCGUCUGACCGCGCCCCCCCCCGCCUCCGAGACCCCCCCCCGCCCCCUGCCCGACGACGUCCGGGCUCUGUACAACAGCACCCAGGAGCUGCUGAAGCAGCGCGCCCGACUGCGGCCCCCCCCGGAUGGACCCGAUGAGUAUUGGGCCAAAGAGCUGCGGCGGAUCCCCAUGGAGACCACCUGGGACGGCCCCAUGGAGCAUUGGCAGCCGCAGAGCCACAGCAUCUUCUUCGUGUUCAACGUGUCCCGCGUGCGCGCAGAGGUGGGCGGCCGAGCGCUGCUGCACCGCGCCGAGCUGAGGAUGCUGCGGCAAAAGGCGGCCGCCGACAGCGCCGGCACCGAACAGCGGCUGGAGCUGUACCAGGGUUACGGCAAUGCCUCGUGGCGGUACCUGCAUGGCCGCUCCGUGCGCGCCACGGCCGACGAUGAGUGGCUCUCCUUCGACGUCACCGACGCCGUCCAUCAGUGGCUGAGCGGCAGCGAGCUCCUGGGGGUCUUCAAGCUGAGCGUGCACUGUCCCUGUGAGAUGGGCCCCGGCCACGCCGAAGAGAUGCGCAUCUCCAUCGAAGGCUUCGAGCAGCAGCGCGGGGACAUGCAGAGCAUUGCCAAGAAGCACCGCCGCGUGCCGUACGUCCUGGCCAUGGCGCUGCCGGCCGAGCGCGCCAAUGAGCUGCACAGCGCCCGGCGGCGGCGCGACCUCGACACCGACUACUGCUUCGGCCCCGGGACGGAUGAGAAGAACUGCUGCGUGCGGCCGCUCUACAUCGACUUCCGCAAGGAUCUGCAGUGGAAGUGGAUCCACGAACCCAAAGGUUAUAUGGCCAACUUCUGCAUGGGGCCGUGCCCGUACAUCUGGAGCGCCGACACGCAGUACACCAAGGUGCUGGCGCUGUACAACCAACACAACCCGGGGGCUUCGGCCGCUCCGUGCUGCGUCCCGCAGACCCUCGACCCCCUCCCCAUCAUUUACUACGUGGGCCGGAAUGUGCGCGUGGAGCAGCUCUCCAAUAUGGUGGUCCGUGCCUGCAAGUGCAGCUGACCCCCCCUCGGGACCCCCACCACCCCUUCAAAACACCGGACCUCCCCCCUCCCCCCACCAAUCCCCCCCCCACAACGAGAGGAUUUAUUUAAGUUUUAGAUGGUUCCCUUUUUGGGGGUUUUUUGGACAG